AUGAAGACACUUUACGCAGUAUUCCUGUUAAUUUGCUUUUCCACCGCGCAACCGCCCAUCGACUGCGACCCAAAUUGGCAUUCGUUGGAGACGCUCGAGUCAGCCAAAUUAGAAUGUGGACCGUUUUUUCAAAAUCGUUGUACUUGCAUGAGAACAUGCUAUGAGAAUCGUCAUCAGUAUGUGGUGAAUUGUACCAACUCGGAAUUUCGUAACACGGAACCACUGUCGCAUCUACCUAACGAAACGCAGGUCCUAAUUUUCACGGGAAAUUACUUAGAAGAACUGCCUUUAAACGUGUUUGGCACAUUGGAAAGUUUUCCUGACUUACGAGUGAUCGACAUGUCGAAUAACAAAAUCAGGGAAAUCCGAGGAAAGACGUAUCAUCAUGUUCAACGAGUCGAGCGCCUUAUUCUCGAUUUCAACGAGCUCUCUUUGGACCCUGGAAGGAACCAUCCCAGAGUGUUCUCUAAUUUUGUUUCUUUAUUGGAACUUCAUCUGACCGAUGCCUUCGAGGAUGGCCCACCUAGAGACCUAGCAGCUACGUUGCAUGAUAUUUUUGUGAAUAGUAAUCUAAAGCAGCUGAUGAAGCUGCAUCUAGAGCAAAACGAAAUCUCGGAGUUCCGAGACGCUAACGUGUUCUGCGACCUUCCAAGAAUUCUGGAUCUCUAUCUGGGCGACAACGCGCUAACUGCGUUACACUUUAACAUAUCCUGUCUUCACAAUCUACGCUUUUUGGACCUUCAACGUAACAAGUUUACCAAAAUCCUCGAUCACGAUCUCCGUGCCAUGGAUGCAAUUGUUAAGCACAAUCAAAGCUUAGCGGUGGACUUCACUGCAAAUCCGCUUGAGUGUUCGUGCAAACUAAACCCCUUUAUUAAGUGGAUGAAGAAGACUAAAGUGUUCAUUCGCAACAAGGAUAGCUUGAAGUGUUACGAAGGUAAAACGGCGCAUAAUAUUCACGAGACGAAGAAUUGCGCGGCAAAGUUGUUUUCAACCGCUUCGCGGGGUGCGACCAUAUUACUAUUCUUUCUUUCGUUAAUUCUGGUCGGUUUAAUAUGUGCUCUGAUUUACGUUCAACGCACGAAACUACAGAAGAAAAUCGAGCCAAUACUGGAUUCGGUUAACAAAAGAGUUCGAUACACCUCGAUAGCAACCGGUGACGCGCGCGAAGACGUAUAGCGAACGAUUUAUUAACUAUGACUAAAAACAAAA